AUGCAAAAUUUUCCUUCGAGUCCACCCAAUUCAUCCGGAGCAAACUCGACGUCGGAUGUGCAAGAGCAACUGCCGACGUCAGAGAAGAGAUAUUACACUGUGCAGUGGCGCAAACGAAGCAACAAAAAAAACAAGUCCUGGGAAGGUGAUGGAUUUAUUGUGGCUUCGGACACGGGUCUCGCCCUAAGGAUUCAGAUGCCCGAUGAGUCCUAUAAGCUCGUGAGCCGUACCAAGAACACAACUUUAGAGGGUAUCAUAUCCAUUGGAGUAUAUGAGAUUGAAAUUGACUGUGAAACUACUAGAGAAUGUCUCUUUGGUACCAGUAACACUAAUCACGCUGUGAGAAAUAGUUUUGCCUCUCCAUCAAAAGAAGAUGAGGCUAAAGAAUUGGAGGCUAUAGAGGCUGAAGCUAAAGAAGUGGCUGGAAGUUUUGAUAUAAAUAAAAUGCCUUCGCCACCUGAGUUGCCGAUUGAUUCUUUUGCGCUUCCCUCCUUGAAUAUUCCACACUCAAAACAAGUACUCGUGGAUAAAAGAUUAACAAAAUACCUACGUCGCCAUCAGAAAGAAGGCGUGGCAUUCCUUUACGAAUGUCUCAUGGGAAUGCGCAACGUAAAUCAAUAUGGUGCCUUGUUGGCAGAUGAGAUGGGCCUUGGAAAAACAUUGAUGACGAUCACACUCAUUUGGACUCUUCUUAAACAGUCGCCAAUUCCGAACGAUAAAAACGUUAUCAAUAAAGUUCUAAUUUGCUGUCCAGUCAGUCUAAUUGAGAACUGGCGCAAAGAGUUCGGAAAAUGGCUUGAUCUUAACCGUAUUGGUAUCUUGGCAUUAAGCAAUAAAAGCCAAUCUGCCGCCAAGGACAAACAAGCUAUUAUAAACUUUGGGAGAACAAAAGUAUACCAAGUGUUGAUAAUGAAUUACGAGAAAGUUCUUGCUUGCUCCAGUGAAUUGUCCACUGUAAAUGUCGAUCUCUUGGUUUGUGAUGAGGGACAUAGACUUAAAAGCUCAGCGAACAAAGUCCUUAAAUUCUUGAAUGGCUUGUCAGUCCUGAGGCGUCUCGUGCUUACGGGAACUCCUAUUCAGAACGAUUUGAAUGAAUUUUUUAACGUCGCAAAUUUUAUAAACCCUGGUCUCUUGGGAACAGUGGCUGAGUUUCAGAAAAAUUUUCUAAAACCAAUUUUGAGGGCUAGAGACGUCAAUUGCUACGACUCAAAUAUUGCUCAAGAAGGAAAGGAGAAAUCCAACGCAUUAAUUGAGAUCACAAAGUCUUUCACAAUCCGGAGAACAAAGGCAGUCAUAGAAGAAUACUUAACCGCAAAGACUGACCUACUUCUUUUCUGUCCGCCAUCGCAUCUUCAAAAAAGGCUAUUUCAAUUCGUGAUAGACUCGAUGGGCUUCAAGUCGCUCAUCAGCUCGGGAAGUCGAGAAGUAUUGCCAAUCAUCAAUCUCCUUCGAAAAAUUUGUAAUUCACCAUCGCUUCUAGCCAAAGACUCUUUUUACAAAUCUUUGAUCGAAAGAAAUUCGCAAGUCCCCUCGGAUAUCACACCCUCUGCGUUGGCUAGUAGAACAACGGGGAGUAAGAUCAAUAUUGCUAUCCCACUAUUGAUACAAUUCAGGAAUGCUGAAGAGAGUGUUGUUUUGGUGUCCAAUUACACACAAACUCUUGAUCUUUUGGAGCGCGUUCUUCUGAAGCUAAAUUUUCUGUAUUCUCGGUUGGAUGGAUCGACGCCACUGGCUACUAGAGACAGCCUCGUGACAUCUUUCAACAGAUCCAAAAAAUGCGAGGUUUUUCUUCUAUCUGCCAAAGCAGGAGGAGUUGGGCUAAACCUUAUUGGAGCUUCGAGAUUGAUUCUCUUUGACAAUGAUUGGAAUCCUCUGGUAGAUUUACAAGCAAUGGCUCGUAUUCACAGAGAUGGACAACAAAAGCCUGUUUUCAUAUACCGUCUCUUUACAACAGGCUCAAUAGAUGAGAAAAUUUUUCAGCGCCAGCUCAUGAAAAACAAUUUGAGCGACAUGUUUAUGGAUGACAGUGUCGAAUCAACUCUGAAUAUUUUUGAUUACGAUGAUUUACGUGAUUUAUUCACUGUUGUGGAUUCCAAUUGCAAUACUCAUGACCUAAUUGGCUGUGACUGUUUCGGUCUUGGAAAUGAUAUUCAUUCACCUCAGCCCGAACCGCAAAAUAAAUUAUCAGGACCUGACUUGUCUUCCCAGAAUUGUUUAUCUGAUUCCUUGCCAGCACAUCGUACAUCUUCAUCUGGCUUUUUGAGUGCAUUGGAAUAUAAAGAGUUGGAUCAAACUAGCACUGUCAAAAAGCAAACAAUAAGGUCGGCUCUUUCACAAUAUAGGCAUUUCGAUCCACAGAAGUUUCAUGAUCAGAUGAAUACAGGUGAUGAAAUUCUCAAUUCGAUAAUUCCAAAAGCGCAAGGUGAUCUCACAUACGUUUUUACCCACAAAAAAUUGAGUGCCAACAACAGCCUGUCGGUGUAA